UUACAUCAAUGUGACAUAUCACGCGUUUUCAUCACAGUCUCUCACCGCCCUCUCAUCACGCGCGCGGUAGCCAUAGAAACCGGACAGAGGGGCACUUAGCAACAGAAAAGGAGGAGGCGCAGCAUCAUCUGCUGCGAGCGGAGGAAAAACAGCCGAUGCGAUCGACCUUCAUUUCAUCCGGUCCUGCUUCUGAUGGUGAAAACCCGGUCGUUUGUAAAUAUUAAACAUCCAUAAAAUUACAUUCAGCGCUUUUAUUGUAGAUCUCAAUAGGCGCGAUGAAGUUCGUCGUGGUUUUGGUCUCCGCCGGACUGCUGGCUUUUCUCGGCGCGGUCAUCUGUAUCAUCGCCAGCGUGUAUUCGCGAUCCUCGGCCGCCGCGCCCCAGGCGCUGUCCGACAACCGCUCACUGUCGCUCCUGGAGCCGCUGCCUGGAUCCGUAGCGCACGCCGGGCCGCUCGGAGCUCUCCAUGGUGCUGAAUCUUAUGAAGGAGGUUUGGACAUCGGCCUGGAGAUGCCGUCGCUCAAUGAGCUGACUACCGGGGACGUGACUGGGCCAAGCCCGAAACAGUUCACUCUUAAUCGACUCAUUUGUACCCCUGUGCCCAUCAGUGAUUGCAAGUCCAGGGGUUUGAGAGAACAAGCUGAUGACCCGUUCGCCGAUGAGGAGGACUGGAGCCUCCGCACCACCGCUGAGGAGCUCCGGCAGAUCGUCAUGCAGCAAAACGACCAGAUCCUCAUGGACCAGAGGACCAUCACGGAGCUCACCGGGAAACUCUCGGAGUGUGAGAACGGGCUGGAGGAAAGGAGUCUGCACGAGCGGAGUAUGGGGGUAUGGGCGGGCAACCGUCGCCACAUGGCCGGGGAUGAUGUGAGCAGCUCGGUUGCGGUACAGCUGCAGACGGCGCGGGCUGUGGAGGAACUGGAGAGAGCGAUUCUUCAGCUCAAAGAUCGCAUAGAGAAGUUGGAGUUGGAGAUAGGCCCUGCAGCAAUGAAGGUGUGACUCGUAUGACACUCGUGUGACCCCUCACAUCACGUGGGCGAGCCUGGCAGGCCUGUGGAGGAUCUGGAAGGAGAGUUAGAAAAAAAGAUUAGGCUGCUGGAGAAGGAGAGGAAGAACCUCCGGAAAGAGACUCAGAGCCACCACCAGCACAUCGACCAGGGAAUCAACACCCUGCAAGAGCGUAUUGCAGAGCUGGAACAGAGUCUUACAGAUUACAGUUACCCACAAGGGUAUAAACUUUCCUUCCCCGUGAGGACUAACUACAUGUACGGGCUUGUCAGGCGGAAUAUUCCAGAGAUGUACGCCUUUACGGCGUGUCUGUGGCUCAAGCCUGCUGAGAAUGGAAUUGGGACACCAUUUUCCUAUGCUGUACCGGAACAACCCAAUGAACUUGUCCUGUUGCAGGGCAUUCAUAAUCCAGCAGAACUACUCAUCAAUGAUAAGGUGGCACAGCUGCCUCUCUCUUUGCCCCAGGGCAUCUGGCAGCACAUAUGUGUGAGUUGGACCCUGCGGGAUGGAGUUUGGAAAGCAUAUCAAGGCGGAAAGUUGAGAGGACGGGGUGAAGGGUUAUCUGCGUGGCACCCAAUCAAAUCCGGGGGCGUCUUGGUGUUGGGACAGGAACAGGUGAGGAAGACCUGGAAGAGUCUGAAUACACCCUCAAAGGUACACCUUCACUCUUAG